AUGUAUAACCCAAUACUUGGGAAAUGGAUGCCCACGCCAGAAACAGACCCCAUGAUGCGACCACGCUCACCUCGGCCCACACAUCCAUCAACGACCCAGCAACGCUCCAGACUACGAGCUUCUAAUCAACUCCAACCUCCCACCUCACCCAGACUUCUCAACUACAUCUACUUCCCCACUCUUGCCGACGAACUACACGAAAACAUCGAAGCAGGCUACUCUCUCUCAAACUCCGACUCGGACUCGGACUCGGACUACGAAUUACCACCCCAAAACAUCCAUCGCGAAGGCAAGCAAUUGCCUGCUUGGCGGAACAAAUGGUACAAGGAGGGUGAGCAGAAUGCAGCCAGAGAACUGGCUAUCUAUCUAAAGCCAGCGCCUACGGACCAGGAGGAUUGGUAUGGGUUUGUGGUAUUGCCGAAACCUGAGUCUGAGCCAGAACCAGAGCCAGAGGAGGAUGAUGCGGAGUUGGAUUCACCGUCGAGACAGUUGAUGCUGGAGCUUUCGCAGUACUCGCAGUCGGAGUCCCAAUUGCAGUCCCAAUUGCAGUCCCAAUUGCAGUCUCAGUCGCAGUCGCAGUCUCAGUCGCAGGUGCAAUCGCAGAAGGAUGCUAGGCGUGUGGAUGACCACGACGAUCCCAUGCCGGAGUAUCAACCGAUUGUCACCCCAAUACACGAAGAGGUGUUCUUGUGGGUAACUCGAGAUCCAGCUCCUGCCCCCGCCGAGUCUUCGAAGGUGUCGGAAUCCUGGCUCAGAAAAGACGAGCUCGUUGCGUUGGAGAGAGAGUACGGUCGUAAGCGCAAACGCACAGCACAGGAGAAGUUGUUACGAAGACUAAGAGGCAAGUAUGCGCCACGCUGA